GAGGGGUGGGAAGUGCGUUAAAGAGGGUGCGAGGGUGGAGAAGAUAAGGUGGAAAUCCGAAAAAAAAAUAGAAGGGGGGGGAGGGUGGAAGAAAGUGGAUGUGAGUUAAGUAAGUAAUGUGAAAUGGAUGGUACGCCAAGGACAGUCAAAGCAGUUCUAAUAUAUGGAUGCCCAUGGGUGGAAUUUGGCCGAGAUGUGCCAACGCUACCAUCACGGUAUACCAACGGUCCAAAGUUCUUCGCCAGCUAGGGAUCCUUCGGCUGCCAUUGUGCAGCCAUUGCCGACUCCCUCGCACAUCGAACAGGCUAACAAUCCAUCUUAUUCUCAUUACACGAUGCUGGAUAAUUAUGACAGGGGCGAGGUGACACCACCGCCGGUUAGCAGUUAUGGCGGCUCACCUGGACUCUUGGCACUUCAUUCCUCUCUUUAUGCUACACCCACGUCUAGAACCUACGACAUCGAUACUAAUAUCGAUACCAACGACUCCACGGCCAUGCCUAUCGAUACCCAAAUCAUUUCGAUACCGGGGAUGUUGAGUGGACCGGCACAGCAACGUUUGGAAGACAUGUCCUGGUUAGCAUCGGGACCAUCCUUAGACUAUCAACAAGGAAUCUCACCGAUUCCCACAGGAGUGAAGAUGUGCCAUCCUGGCAGUACAGCGCAACGUAGCCUGAAGGAACAACGGAUACGUCGUCCGAUGAACGCCUUCAUGGUCUGGGCAAAGGUCGAGCGCAAGAAAUUGGCCGACGAGAAUCCUGAUCUUCACAACGCCGAUCUAAGCAAGAUGCUUGGAAAAAAAUGGCGAGGAUUGACGCCACAGGACAGAAGGCCUUACGUUGAGGAAGCUGAGAGACUCAGGGUCAUACACAUGCAAGAACAUCCAAAUUACAAAUACAGACCGAGACGUAGGAAACACGCUAAACGAGCACCCGGUGCACCCUCCUCCCCCCCAACAGCUAGUAAUGCUACCAGCAGUAGGUCCAAUCCUACCAAUGCCGCCAUUCAUCAUUCCAUGUCCAAAAUGGAGAGCUAUCAAGGAAUACCACAGAUCCCAUGGGGUGGCCAUUCACCGAUCUCGUCGUUGUAUCAUCAACAACAACAACAACAACAACAGCAACAGCAGGGUGGUAUCCAGGAAUAUAAAUCGGAAAAUAAUUCAUUAUACGGUAGCCCGUACACGCCUAUCAUCCAUACACCGGACAUAUCACCAGUUGGCAGUCCUGAACCCGACGGUGAGGGAACGCACCUACCGCCCACGCAAAAUCCUGAUCCAGAACGGGAUCUUAUGGAAGGUACCUCGAAACAACAUGGGGAUAUGAACGAUCAAACGAAACGGUACACAUUCAUGAGUACUGACAAUCAGGUUCAUGGGCCACAUAAUGUUGUUACCAGCAUAACUUCAUGUCAAAAUUCAGCGAGUUAUACGGAUACAUUGACUUAUAAGAAAUCGGUUAAUUAUUUGAACUUCGAAAGGCAAACGUCAAGCAUAGCGGCAGUUGGUAUAGCAAAUGGCAUGAUGGUAUCGUGCAACAAGCUUCGUUCUGGUUUCGAAAACGUCGGUUCGGUCACUGGGACGUUUUAUCCGCCUGUUGCCUCUCCCCACGAGCAAUCCUUGCAACAUUACGCAAGUAGCCAGUCCUCGAAAUCAGGAAACUAUUCAAUGCAGUCAGCUGUCGAGAGCAACUACACUCCUGUACAAUGUAGCAACAGGCAACAGACUAUGGGUAUACGCGGGACAGCUGAGGGUUGUUCAGCUGUCAGUCCAAGAUAUCAAAUGUCUCAGCAUCAUCAGGAUUAUCAAACCGAUGCGACGAAUGUUUCGCAUGAUCAGCAACAGCAACAGCAACAACAACAGCAGCAGCAACAACAACAACAGCAACAAAUUAUUAGUCACAUGGAUCCAACUGUUAUGUCAACUUCGACCGAGGAGGAUCAACAGCAACAACAACAACAGCAACAACAACAGCAGCAGCAGCAGCAACAACAACAACAACAACAACAACAGCAACAACAGCAACAAAGUUUGCAAUUAGAAAAAUACUUUAAAUAUUCCCAUCCAACCAGCGCCGGUCAUUCUAAUCUCAGAUCACAAAAUUUAUUGGACAGUAAUCACAAUUAUGCCAGUGAUCUGCGUUAUUACGAUCUCGAACAACAACAACAACAACAACAACAACAACAACAACAAUCGCAAUUCGAUAUAUCAAAUUCUCACUGCAUUGUCGAAGAUCAGAACAAAGAUGGUAGGUGUACUAGUAUGGGAAUUGCUCAUGGUAUGGAACAAUAUCAUGGUGGUAUGACAAUUGGCAAAUAUCAGGAACAUUCCGCGCAUUCUCAACAACAGCAACAACAACAACAACAACAACAACCGCAACCGCAACCAUCGCAACAAUCGCAACAACAUACACAAAAUAUUGAGAAUACUACUAAAGCUGAAGAUGAUUUCAGUAUGAUUUUGGCAAACGUAAGAAAGACCUGUUACAGCAGCUAGUAACUAACUAUACUCUGUCUCCCAUUUUCUAUCAUUCAUAGGGGACUCCGUUUAUGGUUAUAAAGAGUAAAAAAAGAAAAAAAGAAAAAAAAAGAACAAACGCAGAAA